AUGGGAGAGCAUCUUCUGAUUGCCUCUCUCUUUGUGUUUGCUAUUCCAGUCGAUUCUGUACAUUUUCUUUCGGAAGCCAGCGAUAUUUCUCCGGAAUUGAAUUAUAGUCGGGAUAUUCUGAAUUUCAUUCUAGACACUGUCUCGGUCACCGUCUUGAUUUUAUUGACACUUGUGCUUAUAACAAUUGGUGUUAUCAUAUUCUUCCACUGUAAAUGUUCCCCAAAAGCAACGGCAACCGCUCGCGAUGACAAUGACUACAGAUACUAUAUUGCUAGUUCCAAGAAGUAUAAUUUGGCAGUGACGGACUUCAAUUGUAACCAACAAAACAGGAUGCAGAAUUCCAAUACAAGGACAGCCAAGAAGCUGUCAGCAAUUCUGGAGAAUCAAUUGGAUCCCCCGUUUGUUGUGUGA